UCUUUUCCUUGUUUAAUCUCACCCCAACAAAAGAAAAAGAAAAUCCAACAAAUCAAACCCUCGUGAUCUCAUCAUUUUGUGCACGAAGCAAUAAAAAAUCAAAGAAGAAACACAAAAGCUAGGGUUCCCAAAUUCCCCCCUUAUUUCUCCUGAUUUUCAGUUUCCCCCUUCUUCUUUUUUUUUUUUCCCCUGAAAAUAUCUUUUAAUUUUCCCGGAAAAUAUUUCACCUCCUUUUUAUCAGCUCCUAAUUACAGGAUUUCGUAUUUGAGGGAAAAGAGAAGAUAGCAAGGAGGGAUUUCAGGAUAUUUUGCACAUAAUUAGUUGCCCUUUAUGGGGUUUUGGUUCCUUAAAUUUUUUCAUUUUUCUUAAUAUUUUCCAUUUUCAAUUUAUGGGUUAUUCUUGAUUUACAGACCCCACUCGGCGGAUUACACUGGGUAUGUUGUUGUUGGUUUAUUAUUGAUUUAGAGGAGUUUUAUUGGAUGUGUGUUAGUCUAUGGAUUCUAAAAAUACGACCCCAUCGACCAGUAUGGUCAAAUGUUGUGAUUGUGAGUGUAAUUGUAGUUCCUUUUCGGGGAUUUGGAUACGUACUGUGAAGCGAAAAUUAGAUGAAUAUGAUGAGACUGAGAAGAAAUUCGUGAUCCCGGGUUUGAUUUUACCUCAGCAAACGGCUCGUAUAGACAUGGAAAACGAGUGUAUUGCGUUAAGGGAAAUGGUUUGUAGCCAACAGGAGACGAUUCAAGAAUUGAGUGCUGAGUUGGAGGAAGAGAGGAAUGCGGCUUCGUCGGCUGCGAAUGAAGCGAUGUCGAUGAUUUUGAGGUUGCAAAGGGAAAAAGCCGAGUCCCAAAUGGAAUUCAGGCAGUUUAAGAUGUUUACGGAGGAGAAAAUGGCUCAUGAUCAACAAGAGAUGAUGGCGUUGGAGGAUUUGUUGUAUAAGAGGGAGCAAGUGAUUCAGUCGUUGAGUUGCGAGGUGCAAAUGUAUAAGCAUAGAAUGUUGAGUUACGGGCUAUUGGAGUCUGAGGUUGAGGAUGAUGGUGAGAAAGAGAAGGGGGGUCGUUUUAGCCGGAACAAUAGUGUGGGUCAGAGUUUCGACGAUGGGCGUUUUGAAAUUCCUUUGUAUGAUUACCCUCCUUUGAAAUGCACUAUAAAUGAGAACCAAGUGUACAAUGAGGUUGUGGAUGUUGAGAAAUAUGCAUUUGGAGAGGAACAACGAUCAUGUGAACAAUUGCAAGAUCUGGAGAAGAGGAUUAAUCAAUUGGAAACAUCACCAAGGAGUCAGACUGAUGGGGAAGUGCUUAACAACAAUGUCCUUGAAAAAGCAAUAGUUGUAACAAAUAAAGAAAUGAGCUCAGAUUUCAUCUCAAGUUCUCCGAAGUUUGGUGGAAGUGUUAGAAAAGCAGAAAAUUCGCAAACAGAGGAGUAUCCGAACUUGAGGAAGAAGGACGAGUCAUCGGAAGUUGGUGAUGAAAUGAGUGACAGGGUUUAUACAAUUGACUCUAUUCAUCAGGGUAACUCAGAGACCAAGGCUUCCGUCCAUACCCCAAAAGAUUCGCUAAAUCAUACAGAUUUUGGAGAUCCUGAGGUCACGAAGCUUUACCUUAGGCUGCAGGCACUUGAGGCUGAUCGGGAAUCAAUGAGGCAGGCUAUCAUUUCUAUGCGGACUGAUAAAGCACAGCUGAUAUUGCUUAAAGAAAUUGCUCAACAGCUUUGCAAAGAAGUGUCUCCAGCAAGGACAACAUCUGUGAGGAAGACAUCUCUAUUCACGAGCUUUUCAUUCAUGUCAAUAUUCAAGUGGAUAAUAUCCUUUGUCUUGUGGAGAAGGAAAGCACGUCGACCCAAGUACUUGUUUGGUUUGACAGCCAACAGAGCAGGCUUGCUAAUGCUUUUAGACAAGGGACCUCGUGUUGGGCAAUGGAGAUGUCUUUCAAGUACGCAGGUGUGAAACCAAUCCUCAUUGGUCCACAUCUCUUGUGCUCAUCGGCAUGAAUACAGAAUGGAUUUUAGUCAGAUUAGUUGCUUUCGGAUUUUCAGUUCAUUUUUUCUCGCGCUAUAUGCCUUGCUGCUGCAAAUUUGGGUGCUGGAUUACUUUGUGUGGUGUUCUUUUAACUUGAUUGUUGGAAUUGAAUACAUCUUGAUGAAAGAGUCAGCAAAAUUGUAGUUGUUCCUUAGCCAUAUAGAACUUGGAUCUUAUGGCUUGUUGGAAUUUCACUUUAGGUUAGUUUACUUCUGUAUAUUGUAGAUUUGUGAAUAAUUUUUUUUGGGGGGUCUCAAUAAUAAUUGAGUGCUUUGUUUGGGCUUGAAAUGUAGUUGAUUGAUUGAAUGGAAUGAGUGCAAUUUUUGCAUUUGUCUUUAA